CCAUUGCUUUGACUGGGAAACUUUAUCCAAUCAAGCAAGAACGGUUAAUUUUUAAACCGUGACACCAGGUGGUUCAUUCAUUCAUGCUGCUAUUCAAUUGAAUUCCCCUUUUUUUUGGUUCUUGGUUUCUAACCACGUCUAUGCAUAAACUCAAGAACACAUUUCUACGCUCGCAUCUCUCAAAAGAGGUCGAAGAACGCAGGUCGCAUCAGUUUGCAAAACGACUUUCCGCCAAUAAACAUAAUCUCGAAACGAACAAUCCGUCACCCCGUGGCCCUCCUGCCAUCAGUCUGGAUGAACUGUCUGAUGUUGAACGCCCCAUAUAUCAUUCUUGGUGGAAAGACUUGGAUCCCUUUUCACUCGGCACGAUUGACAAUGAAGCUGCAUUCAAGUUUCUAACAGGCUGUGGUCUUCCUGACCAUAAAAUGGAACAGAUACUCGCUUACUUUGAAGGUAUCACCGAUGGUCUUACCGAGUUGCGUUUCUACGCCAUUCUACGUUUGAUUGCCCAUGCCCAGAAUGGCCGAUCUGUCAACCCUGAUCUGGUAUACUUGGGAGCACCUAUUCCACGAUUUCAGACAAAAGCUAUCGAUGCACUGAUCAAAUCGGAUAAUCAGAGCAAGCCAAGUCCUGCUUCUCUUCAAAGUAACACAAUGGCCUCAAACACAUGGAACAAGGAUACACAGAACCACGCUGUGUCUCCUCAGUGGUGGGCUGAACCGUCAAAAACGUCGGACGAUCCAUCCUCAUGUUUCAAACAACCACAGCAGCAGCCGUCUUCACAAUCCAUAUUCCUUCCAUCCAACCAACCGAUGUCUCCACCCAUGAUGUCGCCUCCUUAUUCCAAUCCGCCUAUGCAACAGGCAACUUUAAUACCGCAACCAACACCGAAUCUCCAAUAUCAGGCGUCUUGGUUACAAGACAUGCCACAAAUUUUUAAUGUCCCGUUUAAUGAACCCAUAAAUAUACCAACCUCCAAUGAACCAUUCCAGUCAGCGAAAAAUGUCCAGAAGCAACUGUAUACGCACUCACGUUCUCGAUCCGUUCCUUUCUCUAUAUCUCCCGCCGUGAAUCCGAGUCCUUCCGAUGAUUCACCUGCACCAUCCAUCCCCGUGCGACCACGACGUCCAACGUUAAUAUCUUCGCGCGCAUCCAUGGAUGCCGAUGCUAUUCAACGACUCACAACUGCCAUUGAUACCUCGGGCAUUGAUACCGGUCAAUCACUACUUCUUACCCAGCGCUUCGUUCCAAAACCGACCAACAAUCCGUUUGAAAACGAUGCUUCUGAUACCGAGGACUAUACCUCACCAUUUGAGGACCAUGCCGCCUGUUUUCCGGCCAAGGUGGAACCCAACAAACGACCCAAUUCAAUGAAUAUGUUACCACCACCGGUUCCUGAUAAAGCGACGAAACCCGCCUUUCCCAAAUACGCACGUAACGCUUCACCACACCAUCCAUUUAUGCUGAAGCGAAGCCAGAGUCAUCACUGUCCCCAACAGUCCGCUGAAGAAGACAGUUACUCACAUUUGACCGAAGGUGCAAAGUUAUUUCGUAACAAAUCAUUGGGAGGGAACUAUUAUGGAUUGAUGAAUUUGUAAUUUUGUCGUGUGAUGUACCUUUCUUCAUUACUCACGAAGAUGUGUUGACGGUGCAUUUUGCUCAGAGAAAAGGCUGAAUCUGUAAAACUAUGUACUUUAUAUGUUGUUUCCUCGCCUUUCAUCUUUGCUUUUUGUUCAUGCAUCCAUUUUCUUGUUUGUUUCCGAAAUAUCAACACAAGUUUUGACAACCGAAAAAAACAACAAACCAAUGAAUAUGCCCUUAUUCUGAUUUCCCUCUAAUUCGGUGCGCCUAUUUCUGUGACUAGUUUGGUGAUGAGGAUAAGAAAAACUUAGAAAACUAGACACUUCCGCUCUUAUUUAAUGUAUCAGCGGC